ACAUAUUCCUUGGCUAAAGCCAAAAAAGAAAACACAUACCUAAGUCUAAUUUUUUAUAACCAAAAAACUCAUAAUUUUGUUUUCCUCCGAAAUGAAUCCCAAGAAAACCAAAGGAAAGCAAAAGAUUACCAUCAAGAAAAUUGAAAAAGACGAAGACAGAUUGGUCACAUUGUCUAAGCGUCGAAAUGGUAUCUACACUAAGCUCAGCGAGAUUUCCAUUCUCUGCGGCGCUGAAGUUGCGUUUCUCGGGUACUCUUGCUCCGGAAAGCCUUACACAUUCGGUAGCCCAUCCUUCCAAGCCGUGGCAGAGCGGUUUCUCAACGGCGAGACCUCCUCGUCUUCUUCAUCGUUGCAACGAUCGGUCAUGAAUGCUCACCAGCAAGCGAAGAUUCAAGAGCUUUGCAACGUAUACAACAGGAUGGUGGAGAAGGCAAAGGCGGAAGAAGUCAAAGUAAAGAAGGCGGCUGCAUUGGCGGAGAAGAUGCCCUUGAAUGAGGAUGCGUGGUGGAAAGUGGAUCCAAAGGAGGUGAAGGAUCACGAAGAGGCGAAGAACAUACUGGAAAAGUUUGAAGGGCUCUAUGAGAAACUGUGUGAUGAAGCUGCUGCAAGGAUCCAGAGAGGAGAUGAUGAGAAUAAUAACAAACAUUGAUGAUCAAGAUUUUAACUAGUAGAUCAUUUGUGAUACUCACUAGUUAAGUAUUUUAU